CACAGUACCCCAACGUAGUACCUUAUCUUUAGCAGUACCACCGCUAGACGGACGACUUACUGGCAAUCGUAGGAAGAGGCUUAAGACACUUAAGACGACAGGUGCCCCGUUCAAGAUCGAGAAGUAGUAGGUACCCUUUUUAGUGAGCAGUUUGCAGACGUGAUCGCUUUGACAAUAAGACAUUAAAUCGGUGGAUUUGAAUUUUUUUCGUUAACAUGCGAGGUUUGUGCAUUUAGUGUUGGGUUUUUUGCCUUUUGUGUGAGUGCGUGCGUGAUUUUUUUUUUAACCAAAGUGCACCCUAUGGGAUUUUACUUUUGUUGUUAUAAUACUUCUAAAAGAUCCUUCGAAUGGCGUCCAUAUUCAGGAUAGCAUAUUCGAUAGUACUACUACUUUAUUUGCCAAAGAUCGAAGCUCAAGGACUGUGCGAGGUGGAGAAUGGAGCGUCUAACAUAAUUCUAGAUAUAGAAGAAAGUAGAGGAACAUCAAUUAGUCAAGAAACUGUUCCUGCAGAGUUACCAAUAUCAGGGGAACCCAACGUAGAUGUAUUUCUGGAUCUAUCUUUUCCCAAAGGCGUACCACUAUUUUUCCUCAACGGGAAAAAACUACAGCUGCUCUCUCCGAUAGAUAGGGACGAGAACAACCUUUCACAUAUUGUGUUCCAGUUAAUUUGUACUGUAAAAUCGACUCACAAAAAGAAGACUAUUCCUGUAAUCGUAAGACUGACUGACAUUAAUGAUAAUGCCCCUCAAUUCAUUAAUACGCCAUAUGAAACCACCAUCUCAGAGUUGACACCCGUAGGUACGACAAUAUUCCAAAAUAUUGUGGCUAAAGACAAAGACACAGGAGUUAACGGACUUGUUGAAUAUUCAAUUGUAAAAGCCGAUCACUUGCCACCAGACGACGACGGUAUAGGAAAAAGGCGGAUUCACAGCGAAGACGGCUAUGGGUAUUUCGCCAUUAAUUUGCCGCAUCAAGGACAAGUGACUGUCAACAGGACGCUGGAUUUCGAAAAAACUCAACGGUAUUAUGUCACCUUAGUCGCUACGGAUAGAGCUAGAGAUCCAUCUCAAAGAUUAUCAUCCACCACGACAUUAACUGUAAACAUCAAGGAUGAUGACGAUCUGCCACCUUCCUUCAUCUACAAGAACUGCAUGCUUCUGGAUGGUACCUGUAUUAAUCCAGAGUACACCGCAUCGGUUUCCAGUGGCGUACUCCAGGGCGUUCUCAACAUUUCUCCCGAAAAAAUCCAAGCCGUCGAUAUGGACACCAUCAAUUCUCCCAUACGAUACUCAUUCAUCAGUGGCGUACCAGAAACGUACAGUGAUUAUUUUAGAAUUGACGCCGAUUCUGGUCAGGUGCAUCAAAUCAAACCUGUUGACACUUCUACGACUAAGAAAUUCAGCAUAAUCAUCAAAGCUCAAGAAGAUUCAGGCGCCAAGAGAUCAACAACAGCUAAAUUAACCAUCACCGUCAAACCAGUUGACGCUCAUCCACCAGACAUAGAGCUGACUUCGAAAGAGGGAUUCGUCAAAGAAAAUUCACCUAUCGGCAAAAAAGUUAUGGAUUCUAAAGGAAAUCCUAUUUCCGUACGCGUGGAUGAUAGAGAUUUUGGUCCCGAAGAUACCAAGCCGGGAUACACGUUCGAACUAACCACCCCAUACUUCGCCAUUGACAAAGAAAACUACCUGGUGGUCAACGAUAACAAUUUGGACAGGGAUCCGCCCAAUCCAGGAAAGUUCAAAUUUCAAAUUGUUGCAAGAGAAAAACACGGUAUCGCCGCAAGUGCCCCGAUGUCAGUGACAGUACACUUGUUGGACGUCAACGAUAACCCUCCAGUAUUGCCAAUUAUACCACCCGUAUCAGUACCUGCGGGAGAGGUUAAAAGAGUUGUGACUACGAUACAGGCGACGGAUAAUGAUGAAGGUGAAAACUCGGUCGUAACCUACUCAAUUUACCACGUCUCCAACAACGGCAACAACAAAUUCACCAUCAACCCCAAAUCGGGUGUCAUAGAAACCGUUGGAAAAUUAAACGCCGGUGAGCAGUACAGUCUGACUGUCCAAGCAACUGACACUGGUGGUUUGUACAGUCAGGCUAUCGUCGAAGUCACCAUAAGUCCCGGUCCAAACACGCAAGCUCCUGUUUUCGAACAGUCUAUUUACGAUAUCGAAGUCAGCGAAGGGGCUACCAUCAAUUCGACCAUCGCUACGAUAAUGGCCACAGAUCCUGAAGGAGAUCCAGUAACAUACUCUAUAGUGUCUGGAAACGACUUAAGACAGUUUGCUAUUGGUUCAAAAAGUGGCAUUAUCACUAUUAUUAGGCAAUUGGAUAGAGAAGACUUAAACAGAUACCAAUUAGUUAUCAAAGCAGAAGAUGCAGGAAAACUUUCCAGCACGGUGAGAGUUAACAUCAAAGUAACGGACAUCAACGAUAAAAAUCCCGAAUUUGUCGGUGAUCCGUACCAUUUUAAAAUUAAAGAAGGUCUAAAUAAAACUUCGGUAGGAUUCGUAAAAGCCACGGACGCCGACGAGGGUGCUAAUGCUAAAGUCACUUAUUUUAUACCGACAGAUUUACCGUUUGAUAUUGAUAACGAAACCGGAGAAAUUACAACAAACAGACCACUGGAUUAUGAAAAACAGAAGGAGUACCAGUUCGUUGUCACGGCUAAAGAUGGAGCUCCGGAUCCUAGAAUAGCAACUGCAACGGUUUCUAUUGAGGUACUAGACGUUGAAGAUGAAGUGCCGGUAUUUAUUGUACCUAAAUAUGAAGCUACAGUACCAGAAAAUGUGCCUGACUACUUCGUUACUAAAGUCCAGGCCAGUGAUCCAGAUACAGUGAAAAAAAUAACAUACGUCAUCCAUCAAGGACCAACCGAUCUUUUCAGGAUAGAGGAAAAUACCGGCUCCAUUUAUACAACUAGAGGACUUGAUUACGAAAGAGAAAGUCAACACAUUUUAAUAAUUGGUACUUUGGAAAAUAUGUCUAAUAAUAAUGGCAGUACUACCAAAGUAAUAGUAAACGUUGAGGACCGCAAUGACAUUCCACCAGUUUUCACGAUAAUACCCCACCCCAUAACGUUAGAAGAUGACGUAGCUAUUGGAACAGUAGUUACUACGCUUGUUGCCACUGAUUCUGAUGGUACUUCCCCAGGAAAUAAGGUCAGAUACGAACUUGUUGGUAGAGGAAAAGCCGAAAAAUACUUCCAAAUUGAUCCGGACACCGGAGUUUUACGAGUAACUAACGAUUUGAAAAAAGAAAUUGACACUGAAUACCAAGUUGACGUACGAGCUUUCGAUAUGGGCGACCCCCAACUGUCAUCUGUCAUUACGGUUGACGUUUACAUUCAACAUGUGGCGACCGUGGCACCGGAAGUAGGUCUGCGGUUCGCUGAUACUUCGUACAGCUUCCAAGUACCGGAGAACGCCACGGUGGGUUACAAAAUUAAGACGCUGACGAUUGUUAACAGUCAAACGCACGGUACAAACAUACCUUUGAAGUGUCAAAUAGUGUCUGGCAAUAAAGAAGGUAAAUUCUUCAUCAACGUAACGGAAGACCGCAAUUGCGCUCUCUAUCUAAACAGCACCCUCGACUACGAAACAGAAGAAUCCUACCAAUUCGAAGUAGAAAUCAUGUCGUUGAAAGGCUUCAUCAACAAAGAAUUCGCCGUGGCUCAAAUAACCGUAAACGUACUUGACGUCAACGACAACGAACCAUUCUUUAUCUACCUUUCGGGUGAUUAUCAAAAAUACUACGCCGCCAUCUCUGAUUCGUCUCCGAUAUCGUCGACCGUAUUGCAGGUCAAGGCCGACGAUAAGGACAGUGGGAAAUACGGGAAAAUUCAGUAUUCCAUAGCGGGAAAUUUGAGCGAAGAGUUCUUUAAAAUAGAUUCGUCGACCGGAAUCGUAAAGACGAAGAGGUCCUUUGAAGAUGUUGAUAUAACUAUUUUACCCAUUAGGUUCGAAGCUCUUGCCAGAGAUAAUCCCAAUUCAACGACAGACUUCUUCGAAAUAAGAACCCAAGUAGUGGUAAACCUGAUUUCGCAAAUAAAUCGACUCAUCCUGGUGAUUGGAGAUGCUAAACCUGACAUGGUCCAAACCAAACUAGACGAAAUUACCAGAAUUCUUCAAGAACAGUCUGGAUUGAUAGUUGGUAUUGAAAAAUUAACGUCCAGGGAAUUCGUAGGAGGGAAUAACACUUUAGAGACUGAUCCAGCUGCUACUGAUGUCUGGUUUUACGUUAUCGAUCCAGAAACUGAUGAGAUAUUAAGCAGAAACAGUUCAUUGGUUAAAAGAUCUAUUAUUGAAAAAUCAGCGAUGGCCAAUAUAACCUUCGACAUUACCAGUCAAAUCAAGCAUACAGCUAUAAACAUACACGAACCUCUGGCUAUACAAAAACCGAAAAAAACUGCCAUUGCAUCUUUCAAUACUGACAUAUUUCCUUACGCACUAAUAGUGGUCGGUAUAAUCAUUGGUGUUUUGGGCCUUGUUGGAAUCAUAUACAUUUGCAUUUCAUGGUCAAGGUACAAAUCAUACAAGGAGCAAAUGCAACGGCAGUACACAGUUCCUUCUAGUCCCACCAGAUACGAUACAGUCUACGUGGAACCUAACCUCAAAGAAUACGAAACGCAAGUACUGCAAAUGUGCGUACCGGUCGAUGACCAAGAAGACUUCAACGAUUUGCACUUAGAUUUCAGCAACAAGAAUCACACAUUUUCUUUAGAUAAUGUUAGUUAUAUAGGAAAGGAUAGUAAUCUUAAGAAAUAUGGACAACAAAGUCCAGUCAGUAGUGAAUCGGCUACAACAGCCAGAGCUUCUAGUGUAGGGGACUCCCAUAUUUUAAAUAAAAAUGAUCAUUCUAGGAAUGAUCAUAUGUAUAGAUCUUCAGACGAAGAUGAAAUGAACGCGAGUCCAACCAACGAUAACGUAAUGUUUAAAGAAAAGAAAGACUAUUUGAAUUUAGGAUUUACCUACGAUCAUUCUCCUGUAGAAACGACGACAGAACUGUAGAUAUGUAUUUUUAAGGAACCCUGUAUAGUCGUAUUAAGUAAAACUAAUUUAUAUUAUGUUAAAUAAUUAUUAUUUUAAACGAGUUUUUAGCAAUAAUGUUUUUAUUA